AUGGCUGCCUUUCCUCCUCCCCCGGUCAACACCAUCGACUGGUCCAAUGUCGGCUUCAAGGUCCGCGAAGUCAACGGCCACAUGGAGUCGACCUUUUCCCAGGCCACCGGGCAGUGGACGCCGCUAAAAUUCGUCGCCGACCCGUACAUGCGCAUCCACGGCAUGUCCCCUGCCCUCAACUACGGCCAGCAGGCGUACGAGGGCCUCAAAGCCUUCCGCCUCCCCGGCGAUUCGCGCCUGUCUCUGUUCCGGCCGGACCGCAACGCCCUGCGUCUGCAGCACUCCGCCGACGUGGCCUCGAUGCCGCGCGUUCCGGUCGACAUGUUCGUGCGCGCGUGCCGCGCCACCGUCGCGCUCAACGCGGGCUUCGUGCCGCCGCACGAGACCGGCGCGGCGCUCUACGUGCGCCCGCAGCUGUACGGCUCGAGCGCGCAGCUCGGGCUGACGGCGCCGGAGGAGUACACGUUCUGCGUGUUCGUGGUGCCGACGGGUGUGUACCACGGGACGAGCCCUGUGAAGGCGCUGGUCCUGGACGAGUUUGACCGCACGGCGCCCAAAGGCACUGGCAACGCCAAGGUGGGAGGCAACUACGCGCCGGUGCUGCGGUGGAGCGACAAGGCGCGCCGCCAGGGCUACGGCAUCACACUGCACCUGGACAGCGCGCGGCAUGAGGAUAUUGACGAGUUCAGCACGAGCGGCUUCAUUGGCGUCGUGGCCAAGGAUGGCGCGGAGGGAAGCGAUGUGAAGAUUGUGGUGCCGGACUCGGACUGCGUGAUCGACAGCGUGACGAGCGACAGCGUGCAGCACAUGGCGCGCGCUUGGGGCUGGACGGUCGAGAAGCGCGCCGUCAAGUACGCGGAGCUGCCGGACUUCACUGAGGUUAUGGCUGCGGGCACGGCAGCGGCCCUGGUGCCGAUCCGGUCCGUCACGCGCCUCGUCAAGGGCGGGCUGCCGACGGGCGCGGCCAACGUGACAACGGACGAUGAGUCGGAGACGGUGACGUACAUCGCCGCGGACAAGGACGAGGCGGGCCCGGUGUGCAUCAAGGUGCUGACGCAGCUCAAGGCGAUCCAGCUGGGCAAGGUCGAGGACGAGUUUGGCUGGCGCUGCGAGGUGGGCGUGCAGGACUUGAAGGUGGAGGGCGCACCGGUGAGUGGCCAGGAGACGCCGCGGACGGUGGACCAGAUGGAUUAG